UAUAAAGUAGUUACUUCAUGUAAAACCCGUCCUUGUACGGGCAUGGGAAUAUAUAUAGUAAGCCCGCGUUUCUUCGAUUUAAACGACGGAAUAUCCGACAUUGCCCUCGGCGGUAAUGCGGGGCGCUCCGGACUUCCUAAUCCAUGAAUAGCCUUUACAUGCUUAUAGUUCAGGAUACUCCCAUAUUCAAAAGCUCAACAUCCAAUCCCUUUCCUUUGGGAGCAGAAGCAGUAAAUAAUGGUUGGAAUCGCGCUCUUGGGCGCCGGCAUCUUUGCGAGGGAAGCCCACGUCCCCGCGAUACUCAAAAAUGCCGCAGCAAAAGUCCUAGCUGUGUACUCUCGUUCCGAGAAUUCUGCAAACUCGGUAGUCGAGGCCCUAAACAACACCACUACUCCCAUCGAUGUAUAUUCCGACGAGAAGCCCGGCCACGGGCUCGAUGAACUCCUCCAGCGCCCAGACAUCGAGGCAGUCAUCGUCCUGCUUCCCAUCCUCGUCCUGCCCGCCGUCGUCCGCAAAUGCCUCGCAGCAGGCAAACAUGUCCUGGCCGAAAAGCCCAUUGCAAAGGACAUAGCCACCGGCCGCGCCCUGAUCACCGAGUAUGAAACCACCUACGCGCCGCGCAACCUGGUGUUCUCGGUCGCAGAGCAGUUCCGCUAUGACACCGGGUUUCUCAAGGCUAGCGAGGUCGUCGCUAGCGGCACGAUCGGUGAGCUGCACCAUGUCCACGCGCGCGUCGCGACCAGCAUGGCGCCGGAGAACAAGUACUUUCAAACCGCCUGGCGCGCUGAGCCCGGGUACCAGGGCGGCUUCGUCCUGGAUGCGGGUGUUCAUUUCGUUGCGCUGGUGCGCAUGGUUGCCGGUCAGGAGAUUGUCGAGACGAAGAGCUUCACGGCCCAGUUCGCGCCGCACCUGCGGCCCCUUGAUACCGUUAAUGCUGCGCUGAGGUUCUCGAAGGGUGCGCAGGGGACGCUGAGUAUAUCCUUUGCGGCCGCGACGUAUAUUGCGGACUUUGUCUUUAUCGGCACCGCGGGUGUGUUGACUGUUAAGUGUGCAGGCGUUGAUACGACGGUUCGUGUUGAGGGAGGGGAUCGCAACGUUGUUUCUGAGGAAGUCUUCCCGGCGGAUGGGAAUGUGAAUGAGAUCCGUGCUUUUGUACAAGCAAUUGCUGCUGGUAAGGGGGAUAGGGCUGGGAGUCCCCGUGAGGCUCUGGCGGACGUUGCUGUGAUUGAGAGUGUAUGCGCUGGUGGUGGCCUUGUUCAGUCUCAUGAGAUAUAGAGUCAGUUAGAAUGUGAAAAUGAAAUGAAAGUGUAUCUUCCUCAGCCUUCCACUCUCAACAUAGUUAGAAGUUUACCAUACAUAGCUAGCUGUCUCAAAAUGGUUGCCAACAACAAGUUUCUUUCAGAUCAAUAAAACACAGCUGUACUUUACCCGUUUCCUCUAACAUUAGUGACACUGUUUUUCUUGUUAAGAUACAUACCUGCGAAGGUUAGUUAAUUUGAAUAUGUACCUGCAGAUACUGUUUCAUAAUUAAAGGCAUAAUGAAAACCUCAACUACCUUCCCAGAUGUGGAGUUAGUUCCAAAUGCUUCACUUUCAUACUUCCUUCUUUUACUCGAGCAAUAGAUAAUAAC